AUGCACUUCCUCUCAGGUUUCCUACUCUCUUUACCUCUUGCGUCGCUUGCAGGCCACAAGUCCCGAUCAUUUGGUCAAAAUCACCGCCGUGCUGCACUUAAGGCUCGUAACACAACUUCAACUUAUGUUUUGGAGGAUUAUUAUCAGGGGCAAUCUUUCCUCAAUUCUUCGCUGUGGACUUUCUUCGAUGACACCGACCCUACUGCAGGAUUAGUGAACUACCAGAGCUCUUCAGACGCGCAAUCCAAAGGUCUUGCAUACGUUCAGGAUGACGGGACCACUGUAUUGGCGGUGGACAACACUACGACGCUUACCUCUGGUCAAUACCGCGAUUCUGUCCGCAUAGCUACAACCAAAAGCUACAAUGGAGGUCUUUUCAUUGCGGAUUUUUAUGCCAUGCCUUACGGUUGCGCCACUUGGCCUGCAUUCUGGUCUGUCGGUCCCAACUGGCCAGAUCAAGGCGAGAUUGACAUCAUUGAAGGUGUCAACUUGAACACGCACAACCAAUUGACCCUUCAUAGUGGUGCUGAUUGCGCGAUCGAGUCCACACUCUCCAGUCACGUCAGUGGAAAUAGCACCAUUGGGAACCUUCAGUGUGCCUCCUCCGCUUCUAGCAACACAGGCUGUACCUACAUUGACAACGAUGCUCGCUCAUACGGGCAAGGAUUUAAUCAACAAGGUGGCGGUGUCUAUGCUAUGGAUUGGAAUGCUGACGCUAUCAAAAUGUGGUUUUUCUCUCGCGACGAUAUUCCCUCCGACAUCACAGAAAAAUCACCAAAUCCUUCUUCUUGGGGAGAACCUGCAGCUCUAUUCAGCAACAGUGCUUGUGACAUUGGCUCCCACUUUUCUGAGCACACUCUCACCAUUAAUACGGAUGUUUGUGGAGGAUGGACUGAAUCCGCAUUCAGUUCAUCUGGCUGUUCAGGUACCUGUGCGGACACCGUUGCAGACCCUUCGAAUUUCGAUAAUGCCCGAUGGAAAAUCAACUACAUUGCUACAUACCAGUCUUAA